AUGUCGAACGCGAUAGAGGAUCCCCGGGUCAGGGCGGCCAUUGAGCACUACCUGUUAGAUCUGGAGAACACCCAGCCGAAGAAUACGAAGCGAAAUUAUCGUCCCAAGCAGGAAGAAUGGAAGGAGUGGUGUCAAGCCAACUGGCCUGCGAUCCCGGACGUUUGGCCGGCCUCGGUACCACAGGGCCAACAGCUACCGGGAGACCUGGUCGAUGAAGGAAAGCUCUUGCUCUUCAUGAAGGAGGUAGUGGCAUCACGUCCUCCAAAGAAAGGAAAGAGGGUCGCCGAUGAAAGAAAACGACACCUCGAGGCUCAGGAAGCCAAGAGGGCCGUGAAAAGACGCAGAGCACCAUCAGAUACCAUCGUUGUAGGCGGCGGAGGUAGCGAAUACGAGUCAGACUCCGACUUGGAGUUGUAUGAGUCCACGCUCAAACUACAGUAUAAUACUGUACGGGGCUACGUCUCGGCCAUACAGAAGCUUUACGACGAGCAGAAGAGCCGGGAGUCAAUCCUGCGGCCCGGCCACAGGAGUGGCACUGAAGGCGCUCAAACGCAGCAUUCUUGCAACGACUUGGAGCCGGAAGAGGAAGGAAUACAUGGACAGGGGAGUUGGAACUCUGAGAGAUGUGUAGAAAAGGCGGAAAGGUUUCCCGUCUUCCAAAGAAGCGAAGACUGGUAUGAAACGAAGGUGCUCCGCCGAUCGGCGAAGGAGCCUCAAGCUCCGUUGUCGGGCCAGACUGCCCGAGAAUGGACGUCCAGGUUCUACAAGAAGGCCGGGAUCAAGGUCUCCAAGGUCAGCCACGCGCCUAGAGUGGCCGCGACGCAAAACGCCGACAUGGCCGGAGUGGAUGAAGGCCAGAUCCGCCGAGCCGGUCGUUGGAAUAACGGAGACCAAAUGACCGGCUGCUAUCUGACUUCCUGCCUUUCGAAUUCAUGA